AUGUACUUCUCGGAAUUCUCGGACCCCGAAAUCGCCCCGUGGGCGUGGAAUAUACGGACCAAUAAGCUAACCUAUCCGUUCACCUACAGCCAAGCCUUUGACUCCCUUCUUCGCCGCCGGCCUCAUUGUCCUCUACGGCGUCAACUCUCUCCAGAACGCUCUGUCCAACACUGCUGA